AUGUCUGAAGAACGUCAAACUUUCGAGAAAGAUCCCUCUUCAAUUGAAAAUCUCGCAGAUUUCCUUGAUAGUGUUGCUGUUACAGAGCAUAGUCUUUGGAGAUUUGGCGAAUUAAUCCAAUUACAAACUGUUGAAGUGAAACAGAGGCUCACUUUAUUGAACGAAAGAAGUAAGAAUAUUUCGCCAGUUGAGAAGAGUCUUAAUGAGCUUCAAACAAUGUGGGAAGCAAAAAUCAAGGAAACACAAAACAAACAACGUUCAUUACAGAACUGUGUGUUUACACCUGAAUCUAGAGCAGCUCUUCAGCACUGGGAGCAAAUUACAAAAGAAAGAAAGAAUUUCUUCGAAGAAUUAAUGGCAAAAAGCCGUGCUCUUCGUGGAGACUCAGGAAACGCUCUCGAGGAACUUGAAUUUUACAAUAAGAUGAACGCUGUUCUCUCCAAACUUCAAAAUUGGGAAAAUGAACAGACAAGGCCAUUCCAAGCCGAAAUUGUCGCUUUUACAAGAAAAGUACAGCUUGCUCUUGCACCACAGGCUAAAGAACCUGGAAUGGCUGAUGUAUUUGGCACUCUUAAGAUGUUAAAUACUCAGAUCAACGAAACAAACCCAUCCUUGUUCGAGGUGAAGUCUGUUGGUCGCAAAUCCAAUGCUUCUAAAAGCCAAAAAUAUGUAGGUAAACAUUAA